UUCCUCUCCUUGCUUCAUUUGUUUUCCUUAUUUUCAACACCCAUUUAUGCUGUGUACAGCUAGCUAGUCGGCUAAUUCUCUAAUUUUUACACAGCAUAUGGGCAAAUCUGGUUGUGUCAUAUUAAUAUAAACAUAUAAACAGCGCUCCUCUUUUGCAUUGGGACUCAAAUCUAAUACGCAGGUUGUUGUAUUGUUCUGAAGCCACGCUGUGCCACCAUCAGUCCCUCCUGCCAGGUAAGGGAGGUUCUUUCAAGGUGCGUCAUAAAAUGCAUUUCCAAGGAAAAGUUGUCAGACAAGCUCGAUAGAAAAGAUUAGCGAAAAAGGACGCACACCUUGAGGAUCAGCCGCAGAUGUAGUCGCUCGACAGACAGCAGUCAUGUCCAUUGAAUACACCAUUGAUAUUCAGCUAACAGAAUUGGGAUACUCGGACAUCUUACAGGCGGAGAUCACCUCUGAUGGAGAGACAACCAGUCAGUCUCCCCCCUCACUUUCAACCACACAUGUACAAAAACAUGUAGUCAGGGGCCAGCAGUCACUUGAUGGUACAGAAGCAGGAGCAGAAAAACAGACCUCUAACAAUGAACACACUGCAGACCUUCCACAGCUAAUAACUGAUCAGCCUGACACUAGAGAGAAAGAUGUCGAAGGAGGAAAUGCUACAGAGAAAAAUUCAACAGAAACGCAGCAGGACAGGGAGGAUGACUCUGAUGACAGCGAUGUGUAUGAAGAAGAAGAGGAUGAGGAGGAUGAUGAUGAUGAUGAUGAGGAGGAGUUAAACUAUGAGUCGGGUCAUUCAGGUGACUACAGCUGCAAUGUCUGUGAUCUCCAGCUGUCCUCCAAAUUCAAGCUCCAGGACCACAUGAAUCUGCACACAGGAGCUCGGCCAUACUGCUGUGCUGAAUGUGGGAAGCGUUUCUGCCAGAAUAACAGCUACCGAAUCCACCUGCGUACGCAUGCCCAGGCCAAGGUGGAUCUCCUCCAGUGCCGCGUGUGUCUGAAAAAGUUUUCCUCACCGGAAGACAUGAAAGUCCACCUGUCCAGAACUCACUUUGAAAAUGAGUUUUACGAGUGUGACCUGUGCAAACGUGUGUUCACUUCUCUGGCAGAGUGUGAAUACCAUGUGCAGUUACACAAAAAUAAGCAUGAUGUCGGAUGUGAGGUAUGUGGCCGCAAUUUUACCUCUCCAAAAUCUCUCGCGCGUCAUCGGAGGACAACCUGCCAUCGCAACUUUAAAUGCACAGACUGCACAAAGACCUUUACUAAGAAGAAUGCUCUCCUGAAGCACAGUUUCUCCCAUCUAGGUUUGUUGCCUUACACCUGCGUAAGAUGCCGCUGCCACUUCCGACUGGCAAAGCUGUAUCGUCAACACAAAUGUGAACCUGAACGCCUUCACUGUGUGGCGUGUCUGAGAGAGUUCCCAAGUCAGGAAGACUUCCAGCAGCACAAAAAGGACACAGGUUGCUGGGGCAAUCAGGAGCCCAAAGGGGAUGAGAUCAGAUGUCUGGAGUGUGGGCAGAGAUUCGACACUUCUGAAGAGCUGAAGAAACAUGCCGGGGCUCACCAGAGGGUACUGAAGUGUGCUGAAUGUGGAAAGGGUUUCCGCUCCGCCUUACUGUUAAUGUCUCACAUGGGGGGCCAUGCCGCGAAGUCACCCUGCCUCUGUCAGAGCUGCGGAGUGGGCUUUCCCCACCAGCAGAACUACGACAGCCACCUAAAGACCUGUGGACAAACACCCCAGCCUGCGAGUGCUACCAAGAAACGGUUGGCCUCAAAGAGCUCCUCAUCGGAGUCAAAAAGGGCCUUUGUAGAACCAGUUCCAAUAAAGCCAACAGAGACAGAGUCCACUGUUUUAAACAACCCCACUCAACCGGUGAAGGAUUCUGGGAGUCGAGGACCUUUGACCGGGGGUGUGUCGGAUGGCUCUGGUCCUUCAGACGGUUUAUGGAAGCUAACCCUAGACAAAAAGCCGCCUCCUGGGAUCAAACUUGUCGUGUUUCUUCCUGUCUGUGCAUCUCAAACCCCCGGCCUGAACCUCCCGCCUGCAUCUUCUCCUACACUACCAUUUUUAGCUUUGCAGGGCCAGCCUCAAGAAGCUCUCCUGCAUACUUCCGGAGUGCUGCAAAAUGGCCUGCAUUUGGAAAAUGGGAUCAAUCCUGAGCAUGAAGCCCCUCUGGAUCUGUCCAAGAAUUGUAACUCUUCUAAGUCAGCUUCUUGCAACAUAUCUCUUCUUCCUAUCAAAGCUGAGCCAGGAGAUUGGGACAUCACAGGAGAGGGUACUGGCACUGAAAGAAAGGAGUUUAAAAAUAGUUACAGCAAAGCGAUUGUUAAAACAAACCCAGAAGAGAAACAUUCAGAAGUGAAGCAGUUUAAAAUUGAUCCUAUGGAUCUCUCCAGUUUUGAGCUUAAUACAACAUCCUCUGGACUUAGAAUAGACAUAAAGAAAGAGUCCAAAUCUCCUGGUCCUGAUUGUGAUCCAAAAUCAUCCACAUAUUGUCAGCUGACUGAGAAAGAAAUUAAGAUGGAGGUUGACAUUUGACACAAUGCUGAUGUAGAGGAAUUUGACAUUUUGGUACGGGGAAAAUAAAAAAAGAACAUAUCCUACUGGAGGCUGUGUUUAAAUCUUGCAACAGACACACCUAAUGCUUUACCUGUGGCAACGCAACGCAUGUGUUAUUCUUCAGCCAGAAUUAUGAACAAUUGAAAAUAGUAUGCUUUUCUGUCGAACCAACCCCUAAUCUAACCUAAUUGUUUUUACCUUACCACACCCUGGUAUGCAAAUGCAAUUUUUCAAAUUCUUUCACGAGGAGUGCGUUUCUAAUGCGGGACCUUCUUAGAAAAACAAAUCUUUUAGUUUCUUGAUCAUUUUAAACAAACAUUCCAAAUGCUGGCCUCUUCUGGCAUUUCUUUUAUUUGAAUUGUCACAUGAAGCUGUUCCCUUCGGCCAACGGAGCGAAAGGGUACCGUAGCUGUUCUGAAGCCUAUGCAAUGUCAAAUCUUAUUUCCAAUGUCUACCUUUUUCUGUUCUUGUUUUUGCGUGAGAAGUCCUUAGGUUAAUGAAUGUGUACUUAGUUGAAAGAAAAAACACUGGAUUUUUUAGUUUUUAUAGAUAACUGAAAACUUGAAAUACAUUUUUUUUACAAUGUACAAUGUGGAAUAUUUAUGCAAAUUAUGGUACUGGUCAACUAUAUUCUGUCACCAUGUCAUUUGCGGAAUCUUUAUAACCUCUUGAUGUUUUCCUGAACACAAAUACAUAUAAAGUUGUUCUUGAUGAAACAUCAGUUCA